GAGGGAUGAAGGCUCGUGGGCCCAUCCCGCGGCCCCUCCCUCCCCGCCUCGCGUGGGGAGCCGGGAGCCGGGAGCCGGCGGCGGCGAGGCUGGGGACUUCACCCAGCUCACCUGCGCUUCCUGCGUGGCCGGCAGCCGCCCCCAUCGCAGCUUCCCGGAAUCGUGGCAUGCGUUUAUGGCCAGCCCCUGUGUUGCUGCUCCCCAGAUCCUUGUCAGCACCUCCCCCGGUGACCAUGCUCUUCUCUGUGUCAGAAUCAAUGACAUAGCAGUAGCCAUUGGAAAGGAAGCUAAACUCUACCUGUUCCAAGCCCAGGAAUGGCUAAAGCUGCAGGAAAGCGGUCACGGUUAUAGUUGUAGUGAAAAAUUAUCCAAAGCUCAGUUGACAAUAGCCAUGAAUCAGACUGAACAUAGUCUGACAGUGUCUCAGAUUCCAUAUCCACAAACGUGGCACGUGUUCUAUGCAGACAAGUAUACGUGCAAAGAGGACAAUGAGAAUUCUCAGGUGGAAGAUAUCCCAUUUGAAAUGAUGUUACUAAACCCGGAUGCUGAAGGGAAUCCAUUUGAUCAUUUCAGUGCUGGAGAAUCUGGGUUACAUGAGUUCUUUUUCCUUCUAGUCCUAGUGUACUUUGUGAUUGCUUGCAUUUAUGCGCAAUCAUUGUGGCAGGCUAUUAAGAAAGGAGGACCCAUGCACGUGGUUUUAAAGGUUCUGACAACUGCAUUGCUGUUACAAGCUGGUUCAGCUUUCGCUAAUUACAUUCAUUUCUCCAGUUACUCCAAAGAUGGAAUAGGGGUACCUUUUAUGGGAAGUUUGGCAGAAUUUUUUGACAUCGCUUCCCAAAUUCAAAUGUUAUACUUACUUCUGAGUCUAUGCAUGGGUUGGACAAUAGUCAGAAUGAAGAAGUCUCAGAGCAGACCUCUCCAGUGGGAUUCUACUCCUGCGUCCACUGGCAUUGCUGUAUUCAUUGUCAUAACACAGAGUAUUUUGCUACUUUGGGAACAGCUUGAAGAUACCAGUCCUCACAGCCACCAUUCACAUCACAACUUAGCAGGGAUCCUUCUAAUUGUUUUAAGAAUUUGCCUAGCACUGUCAUUAGGCUGUGGACUCUACCAGAUCAUCACAGUGGAAAGAAGUACACUCAAGAGGGAGUUCUAUAUCACUUUUGCCAAAGGCUGUAUCUUGUGGUUUUUGUGCCAUCCAGGUCUUGCAUGCAUUUCUAUCAUUUUUAAUGACUACCAAAGAGAUAAGGUCAUUACAGUAGGCGUUAUCCUUUGCCAGUCUGUUUCCAUGGUGAUUCUCUACAGACUCUUUCUAUCCCACAGUCUAUACUGGGAAGUUUCUUCACUUUCCUCAGUAACACUGCCACUGACCAUAUCAUCUGGACACAAAAGUCGGCCUCACUUCUGAUACUUGAUUUUCUUUAGAGGAAAAGUAAAUUUAUUUACCAGAGUGCAAUAAGGAUCCAAAUACAGUGACUUUUUUUUUCAUACUUUCGGUAUGAAAAAUUGAACAGAGAAGGCAGAGCAUGUUAUUUAUACAACUGCAUUUAAGCAGUACCAAACUGAAAAAAAGGUAAUAAAUGUUUUGAAAUAUACUUAAUAAACUUUCAAGAAAGAGUGUUGUUAUAAGGUGAUUUAUGCAAUUUCCAUAUGGAAAUAAAGAUGAAAAGAAUUAUAUGAUAUUUUGGUAAGAGAUUCACCAUUUAUAAUGCCUCCUCUUAUAUCAAUAGUUAACUCAGGUUUGAUAGUCUUAUAAAAAGUAAUCAGUUAAAUGAUUACUUGCUUAUACAUGUCUAAACCAAGUCCAGUUAUGAAAUCAGUGUAAUACACUGGUUAAAAACUGCUUCUUAUUAUGCUUUAAGGAAAGUGCAUUUCGUAUUGGAGUUUAAAGAAAUUGAAAAUGUUACUUCAGAAAAUCAAUAUAAAAUAUACUCAUAGUUAAGUGAAUAAGCUUUUGUUUAUUUGUGGGUGGGGUUAUUCUCCCUUUUCUUCUAUUACUUUUAGCUCUAGUUAGGUUUUAGCUUGAUUAGCAAAGCGUUUUUGACAGAUAGUUUAUGAAAAACUUAGAUACAUUGCAUUGGUUUUACAAAGGGUUUUAAAAUCUGAGCACUUAGGUGAAGGGACAAGCAGGUUUACAUGUUUAAAAAGAAAGAAGGAGAAAGUACUGUGUGAUAUGCUACUAAAAUUUUAAUCCUGAUAUAAUUCAUUUCUCUUACACUGAAUCCCCAAUCAUAAUUAAGCUGUAUACUCAGAUUAAAUUAACAGAAGCGUUUCACAUAAAUACUGGUUUCAGUCAUCAACUACCCAUGAAUUCCUGCCCAAGGAUACUUAAUCAGGAUUAAAUUUUCUAUGAAUAAUUGAAAAACAAAAUACUCACUGGAUUUGUUAUAAUCCGUGUUGGCACUGGAUUCUAAGUAGUUGCCAUCUUGAAUCCUUUGUAAUAAAGCCAUAUUUUUGCGUAUGAUGCCCCAGUAUUGAGUAUACACUCUUAUCAAGUGCCUGUUUAAAAAACUGCUAAAUUGUUGUUGCUACUUGCUGUAUAAAAUGACUAUGCCCAUGAAUAGUCACUGAUCAGAAAUUAUUCUGUUUCUGUUUUUCAAGUCAUUCAGGCCUUUACAUUUUUACCUCUGGCUUAUUUUAAAGAUUUUUUUUUUAUCUACUUGCAAAGGUAUUAUGUUUUUAAGCAAGAGAUGGUGCGCUGAUCUGGUAAUUAACCUUUUUAAAAUUAAAUAGGUGAAGCAACAUAGCACAACUUAAAAAUAUCUAUGAUUUUGUCUUUGUUUUUCCCUUACAUCUAGUCUCAUUGGAAAUGAAUAGUAUUCUGCUUCAUUUUAAAGGGAAAAUACAUGUGUUCAUGACUAGCAAAAUGGCAGAACGACAGAGUUCAGCCUGCUCAUUGAAUCAUCAACAGUUCUUUGUAAAUUAUUUCAUAAAUGAGAGCUACAGAUUGAGACUAGAAAAUCUGAGGUAUAUCUUAGGUUUACGUGUUCUUCUGAGUGGUCAUGACCUUUUCUUUUACCACAUCUCACUAAUAACCCCAGUUAUUAUCUGUUGUGUUCAACUGAAGUACGGUUAAUUGAGCUGGGGAAAAAAAGAGUGAAGCCUUUUCAUAAAUUUUGUGAACUUGCAACAGUGGGAAGAGAAUAAUCUUUGUGUUAUUUACACAAAGAACAUGGAAACUGUAAUCAACAUAUAUGAAAUAUAUUACUGUGCUUGCAUUUAUGAGGCUUGAACAGGUUUUUUUUUACUCUAUUUUUUAAGUUAUGGUUGAACUUGCUGAUAAUUUACUUUGUUAUUCAAGAGCCAUUGUUAAAUGAAGAAAAACAGUUAAUAAAUAUAUAAGGCAGUUGUGAAUAAAGGUUAGUAAUCCGAGCUCAGAAUUCAUAGUUUGUAAGUCAUGACACAGUGUCCCCUCUUUUUCUCUCUCUGAAUGUUUACAUGGAGAUUUGUCACCACAGAUUACAGAAAGAUAAGUGUAUACUGCAAACGCUAAUUAAAGAUCAAAAGUUUUCUACUUUUCUUUGUCAGAUAAUGCUUUUUUAAAAAUCUAUUGAUAUUUUUACAUUUUUUUCUUAAAGAAGAUGAGUGGUCUCUCGAGAGCUUUUUUUUUUUUUCCAGAAGCAUCUUGUUUCUUCUUUUAGGAAGGUAUAUAUAUAGUGGUGUUUAUUUUUAUUGACAUGUAUAAUAAUAUUAGCCCCUAUUUAAUUGAGUGCUUACUGUGCAUCAGGCCCUUCACACUCAUCCCUAAGCUCUAGUGCUGUACCCACACUCCCCUUUAACUGAGUAUAAGAGAGAGGAUAAAUGAUUCCCCAUAGUCACCUGACUUUCCUUCACUUUUCUACUUUACCCUCAUGAUUUAAUUAGUACCUAUUAGAUGAUGGGUUAAAUUUUAGUGAGAAUGAAUGGCUAUCCAUAGUUAAUUUUAGCUGUUGAUUUUUAACAUUAAACCUGGAAUUGUGCUGAAAAUCAGAAAUGAGCUUGACUAUCUGUGUACCCUCAAUAUUUGAACACCUGGCUUUCAGCCAGACAGUAUUGCUAGCAGGGAGAGAUAAUCCAGGCAGAAGAGCUUGCUUUAAGAAAAAUUUUAAUGAUCUCAAGUAAAAUAAGCCACUUCUGAUGAAAAUGGGAGAUAUACAAGUCUAAGGCCAAUUCUAACAUAAGGAGACUAGAAUCUAUACAUCAGCAUAAACAUUGGCCCCUUCAACAUGUUUCCUUUAGGCGGCUAUGCAUAUUCUCUGGAAAUUCUUUGGAAAUCUAGAAUUAUUUAUGACACGUUCACUUUAAAUAGCUUCAGUGGUGUCAAAUCUUUAAGGUUCUUUGUUUUUGAGAAGUGAUUUGAUAUAGCCAAUAAAUUUGAGACUAGAUCUGAAGAGGUAAUACCAAUUUUUGUUCCAACAUGUAUUUAUGAAUUGAGACUAAAAUAAUGAGAUUGGUUUUCCAAUGAGAUCUGAAAACUGAACUUGUGCAGUAGUUCUGUAAUAUUGCUGCUUCCACACUUGGGUGCCUUCUCUGCACAACUCCAAGGGCAUCAUGCACAUUGUGCUCUAGGAGUGACAGUUACAUAGAAGAGCAAGAAGCUUGGAGUUGUGGAAGGGGUGGUCCUGCCCGCUACAGCCCAGUCUCCACAAAGCAAAGGGAAAUCACCUGGAUGAUGGAGUUCUUUGUGCUAACCUGAUGCCUUUUAUAUUUGAAAUUAUUUUAAAAUAAUUUAGAAAUGUAAAUCAGAUCAAACUACUGCUGUCUUAUUAAAAACUCUCCAUUUGCUUCUCGUUGCACUUAGAAAAAAGUGACUCAUGCUCGUUACCAUGUUCUACAAGGCCCCACGUGAUCUGGUCCCUCCCUUUAUCUCUGAUCUCAUUUCAUACCACUCUCCCUCUCACUAUGCCCCAGUCUCAUCAUCCAAAAAUACCUCAUUUAUAUCACUGCCUCAGAGCCUUUGCACUAGCUAUUUCUUCUGCCCGGAAUGUUCUCUUCCAAAUCUCGAUGUGGUUGCACGGUUGAAUCCUCAUCCUUCAAGUUGUCAGCUCAGAUAUCUUUCAGAGACCUCUGACCAUUUGUGGUGGAUUUAUAUGAGACCAAUGUAGCUAAGCUGGAGAUAUGUUUCUCAGAAUUACCUCUGCAUAAUUCCAGAAUAGCAUGGGUCAAAGAGAUGUUUGGAGUAAGAUUUAGUGGGCUGAAGUAAAGUAGCCAGAUCCAGAUUCUUUUUAAAAUUGAAAGGUCCAAGCAAGGCACGCACUGUUGCUGCUCACCCAGGUUAUUGCUUAUCUGCUGGUUCACCUUCUUGGUCUGUGGGCCAGCAGCCAGGUCCACAGAACACCAGCUCCUACUGGGUCACCUCCUUCAGCUUCUCUGACUCCUGGGCCAGAUGUGUGUAUUACUCUAUGACAAAGGGUGCUGGGUUGUGCAGGACAACCCCAUUCUCGAGGUUGGAGACGUCCAGUCCAUUCUCAUGAUUUCCACUCAGUUCCCAUAGGUUUUGCUCAUCCUGGCAGGUCCCAGUGCGUCUUUGCUUUCCCCGCUUCACAUUCAUCUUCCCUCUCACUUGCCAGACACAGAAGGAAUAGCCCCCUAGAAUCCCUAUAAUAAAUCCCUUAUUUUAUAUAUUUAAAAUUGAGUGUGUGUGUGUGUGUGAGAGAGAUAUCCUAGUGGUUUUCCCUUUCUGAACAGACCCGACAGAUACACCAUCCUAUCUAAUGCUGCUCCCCAUCCUAAUCACUCUAUUAGUGUUUUCUUUUCUCUUUAUAGUACCGCUUAAUCUUUGCCUGUUGCCUCUCUCCCCAACUAGAAUAUAAAUUCUGAGGGAGUUUGGCCAUUGUCUGUAUUGUUCAUUGCUGUAUCCCUAGCACCUAGAACAUUCUCUGGUGCACACUAGAUGCUCAAAAAUACUUUUGAAUGAAUGGAUAAAAGCAAUUCUGAAAAAGUUUCAGACAUGUAUUUAGCAAUACCUCCUAUAUAGUGACUUCAAUAAUGCCUUGCUGUUCUUUAUUAAUUUAUAUGGAACUGAGAAUGUGUAAAAAUCUUGAGUGGUCAAGUAGUUGUUAAAUAAAGUCUAACCUCUAAAACUCAUCAAUUUUAAGAGGAUUCCUCAAGUUGUCAAAGAGCCAGUUUCCCUCUGUUUUAAAUAGGCUGUAUUGGGACCAUGUGACUGGCAUUUUAGCCUACCGCACUAAAAGCACCAAUUUAAAAGACGUUUAAGUUAGCUAGAGGACGGAAUGUUGACAGUAGUCAGAAGCAGCUGGGAGAAAGAAAAACUAAAAAUGACCCUAACACUCAAAUCACAGCAUCCUGGAGUCAUUUAGUGUGGGUGAAAACAGCCCUGUGUGCCUCGAUAGACACUUAGAGCUUCAUUGUUCAAUGUAGCUCAUGACAAUAGCUCUUAGUAUUCAAAGAUUAAAUUAUAAAUUAUGUUCAGAACCCUCACAGAAAUGUUCAAAUACAUUGUUAAUGUUUUAUUCUUGUUAAAUUGGUAAUAUAUGUACAUUGAUUGUACAAAAAUUAGAAGGUUGAAAAGGGUAACAAAGUAAGUCCUUGCAGCCACUUAUUUCCCUCCCCUGGAUUCAACCUCUGUUACCAGUUUCUUGUAUAUUUUUCUAGAGAUGGCCCCAUGUAUAUAUAAACAUAUGUGAAACACAGAUUGGAGCACCCCAUACAGGUUGUUUUGCACAUUCAGCAGUUUAUUUUGUAUCCCUCCCUACUGAGUUAGUUGCCCCAUCUUUUCAUCGAUUGCUUAGAAUUCCAUUAUAUGAAUGAAUCUUAAUUUUUUAAAUCAGUCUUCUGUUACUAGACUUAGUUUCCAGCCUUUUGCUAUAACAGGUAGCCUCUUAACUCUUGGAAUAAAAAAUUUGCCUGGCCCUCUUCCCCUACUCCCAGACUGUCCUGCUCCCCACCCCGCCCCAUCCCACUUUCUAGGAUCUAAAUCAUUGGAAUUUCCAGAGUGCUAGAAGUGUCUUUGUUAUUCAUGGUGGAAACUGAUAGUUUAUGCUAAUGAGAUGACUCAGUAUGAAAGCUGACCACACCAGAAAGACCAAACAUGUGAUUAGAGGGUUGGGGCUUUGAGUCACAGUGAUAUCAGCCUGACCUCUGGAGAGGGAAAAGGGGAUGGGGAUUAAGUUCAACCCUGUGGUCAGUGAGAGACUCUAUCAUGCCCAUGUAGUGAAACCCCAACAAAGACUCUGCACACUGAAGCUCAGUUGAGCUUAUAGAUUUUUAAAAUACAGGUAGAAUUUAAAGUUGUUGUUUUUUUUUAAUGGCCACUGUGUUUUACCUGUGUCAUAGAUAGAAAAGCCUUACCUCUUGGAGAUUAUGUUUAAACCCCUCAUAUUUUCUUCUAACAGUCUUUUUUUUAAAAUGUGUUUAAAGUUUUGAUCCACCUGGAAUUAACUUUGCUGUAAAAUGUGAACUAGGGAUACAACUUAAUUUUUUUGAGAUGGUUGCCCCCUUAUUGCAACAUCAUAUAUUGUAUAAUCCACCUUUUAUUUAUUGAUUUGUAGCUAAUCUAUUUGGGAACUUUUAAGCCUUUUCAAUAAACUGUUGAUUCAUGGUCUAAUACCACACUGUUUUAAUUAUUGUAGUUUUAAAAUAUGCCUUACUGUCUGAUAGGGAUAAUUUCCUGUUAAUACUCUCCUUUUUCAUAAUUUUUUUAUUAUUCUUGCCAAUUUUUUCGUAUGAGCUUUAGAAUCCCUUUUUUUCUGAUUUUUUUUUCCAAAAGAAAAACAAAU